UUCGGCCAUUGGUACAACUGAUUCCUGAUACGUACACUUGAGGCUUGUGUUUAGUCUUUAUCCUUAUCUUCUCGUAGCGCGAUACCGAUACCGUACCGAUAAGCGGUAUUCUAAAGUUAAUAAAAAUAGUUCAGUUUAAGUAAAGUACACGUUUAAGUUAAUAAUUUUAAUCAAAAUAGAAUAAUGCCGGUACCCCUCCCAGAAUCGGACUCGGAAGACGAGUUGCCGCCGGCAUGGGAAGAACGAGCCACCAACGACGGGUUCGUUUAUUACGUGAAUCACCAAAGCAAAACCACUCAGUGGACGCACCCCAGAACAGGUAAAGCGAAACGAGUGUCGGGAGAGCUGCCACUGGGCUGGAGCAAACAGGUGGAAGAAACGACGGGAAAGAUUGUUUUCGUUGAAGAUGCCACUCAGAGGAAGUCCUACACCGAUCCGCGUCUGGCGUUUGCAGUAGAAGAAGCACCCCAAGUGGUGGGAGAGUUGCGGCAGCGAUUCGACAGUGGCACGAACGCCCUUCAAGUGCUCCAUGGUAGGGAUCUGAGUGGAAAAAUAGCGUUGAUCACCGGAGCCAAUGCCGGGAUUGGUUUUGAGACGGCGCGGUCACUUGCUUUGCACGGUUGUGAGGUAAUUUUUGCCUGCCGCAAUGAAUCCGCUACGAAGGAAGCCAUUGACAAAAUAGCAACUGAGAAGGAAACUGCAGGACAAAAGUGCAAGUUUGUGAAGCUGGAUCUGGCAAGUCUGCAUUCAGUCGGAAAGUGUGUUCAAGAAGUGAAAACCGAACAUAAGCAUUUGGACUAUUUGAUCUUGAAUGCUGGAGUAUUUGCCUUACCGUACAGCACUACGGACGAUGGUUUCGAAACUACUUUUCAAGUGUCACAUUUAUCCCAUUUCCAUCUGACCAAUCUUCUUUCUGAUCUGCUGGAUCAUACAUCAAGAGUUGUUGUGGUAUCAUCCGAGUCACAUCGCUUCAGCAGAUUGCCGAAAGAGUUAUCCGAAACUGAUCUUUCUCCUCCAUCCAAUAAAUUUUGGAGCAUGAUGGCUUACAACAACGCAAAACUUUUGAACGUCCUUUUCGCGUGUGAGCUGUCCAAACGAUGGAAAACACGAGGCAUAUCGGUGUUCUCGCUUCAUCCCGGUAAUAUGGUGUCAUCGCAACUUGCUCGCAACUGGUGGUUCUAUCGACUGCUGUUCACGAUUGUGAGACCUUUUACCAAAUCACUCCAACAAGCGGCCAGUACUACCAUCUACUGUGCUACAGCCCCGGAAUUGAAUGGCUUCACUGGAUUGUACUUUAACAACUGCUACGUCUGCGAUCCCAGUGGACUAUCCAAGAAUGAGCGCAUGCAGCAAAGCCUCUGGAUGCUCAGUGAGAAGAUGAUCGAACGAGCGGUAAAAUAGGUGAUGAUCGUCGGGUUCGAUGGCUCAAGAGAAGACUGCCAUGUUACUUCGUCUUAUGCAUUCAAUAAACUAUGUAACCAAUUUGUAAUAAACACCUAUUACUCCUA